UCAUUUUUUUUUUCCAUACACACAUGCCUCAAUCUCCGGGCUUGAGCCAAGUGAACAGUGGUGGUAUAUGGCAGCGUCAGGCAGGUGGCGGUGGUUGGCGGUGGUGAUGUUGGUGGUAUCAUCAAUAUCAGAACCUGCGUUUUCCAACCCACAAACCAACCUACUGGACAACGGUUGCAGCGCAAAAAACGUUAUCGAUACACCAGCUAAUUAUGCCAAGGAACUCAACGCCAGCUUUUCUGAUCUGAGACGCCAGUUAUCCAAAAGCAACAAACGCUUUGCCACCACUGGCACUGCCGUCCAUCCUAUCUAUGCAUUGGCACAGUGUAGAAACUACCUCUCCAACCCUGACUGUGUCGCCUGUUUCGACGCCGCCGUGUCAGUGGCCCGGAACUGCUCCCUCGCCACCGGUGCUCGUGUCAUCUUUGAUGGUUGCUUCCUCAGGUACGAGUCCACUAUCUUCUACGCUCAGAUUACAGACGAGGGAAGCCAUCCCAUUUGUGGGAAACGAACUGCCCGCAAACAAGAUGUUUUCAAUACCACAGCAACACAACUUCUGAAUGAUCUCAAAUUUGCAACGCCCAGAAUUAAUGGGUUUUUCGCUGCAGCAAAGCGGGUCUCUACUGGCGCCGCCGCCUUUGCGGUGGCACAGUGUAUUGAAACACUCGAUGAAAGCGGCUGUCAGGCAUGUUUGACAAUAGCUUACAGUAGCAUACAGACUUGUUUACCGAUAUCUUCAGUUGGAAGGGCUGUUGGCAUUGGGUGCUUCAUGAGAUACUCAGACAAACAUUUCUUUGCCAAAAACCAGACAAUCAACCUAGCACCCUUCCUAGAAGGAGGAGGAGGGAGUUCAGGAAAGAAGAAAGCUAUUAUUGCAGGUGUAGUCGGUGGUGUAGGAAUCAUAAUCGUAUUAGCAGCCAUUUUCCUUUUGUAUUUACAAUCAAAAAAGCCAAAGGCAGCAAGAAGAGGGGAUAUAUUGGGGGCAACUCAGUUGAGAGGUCCAGAGAACUAUGGAUAUAAAGAUUUGAAAGCUGCCACAAAAGCAUUUAGUGAAGAGAAUAAACUGGGGGAAGGAGGUUUUGGUGAUGUAUACAAGGGGACACUAAAGAACGGGGAUGUGGUUGCAGUAAAGAAACUGGUGAUUUCGAGUAGAGCAAAGGCAGAUUUUGAUAGUGAAGUUAGGCUUAUUACAAAUGUCCAUCAUCGCAAUCUCAUUCGUCUAUUGGGAUGCUCUGCCAAAGGAGAAGAGCUUCUACUGGUUUAUGAAUACAUGGCAAAUGCCAGCCUUGACAGAUACUUAUAUGGAGAUAAACGGGGGAUGCUGAAUUGGAAGCAACGAGUUGAUAUAAUAUUUGGUACAGCUAGGGGUCUUGCGUAUUUGCAUGAACAGUUCCAUGUAUGCAUCAUACACAGAGACAUCAAAUCCAGCAAUAUACUACUUGAUAAUGAAUUUCAGCCCAAAAUUGCUGAUUUUGGUUUGGCAAGGCUUUUGCCUGAAAAUCAGAGCCAUGUUAGCACCAAAUUUGCAGGGACUUUAGGAUAUACAGCGCCAGAAUAUGCAAUUCAUGGUCAUUUAUCUGAGAGAGUUGACACCUACAGUUUUGGCAUCGUCAUCCUAGAGAUCAUUAGUGGGCGAAGGAGCAGUGACAUUCGAGUUGAACCCGUAACUGAGUAUCUCCUUGAACAGGCAUGGAAACUGUACGAGAAUGAGGCCUAUCUGGAACUGGUGGAUAAGACUUUAGAGGGUAAUGAGUAUAAAGCCGAGGAAGUGAAGAGAAUGUUGGAGAUUGCUUUGGUGUGCACCCAAUCACCCCCGAGUCUAAGGCCAAGCAUGUCGGAAGUGGUGAUCAUGCUUUCUUCAAGUGACCGUCCAAUCUUUCAAAACAAACCAAGGAGGCCAUCCAUGAUUAGUGAUUUCGAUGAGAGGGUAUUCGCAAUCACAGACACUUCAGCCACUACAGCAUCAUCCACUUCUCAUGCCACUGCUUCAUUCACUGGUGUCUCAGGCCGCUAGGCUUUUUAUGAAAUCUGUUUUUUUUUUUUUUUUUUUUUUUUUUUUAAUCUAGCUUGCUUGUGAUGAUAUGAUGCUGGGAUUCAAAAUUGUAAAUGUUAUGCCCAGGCAUAAAUAAAUAAAUAUAUAGCAGUGUAAUUAGUACAGUUGGCUCGGCCAAA